CCCCCCCCCCCGAGAGCCACACAUCACAGGAGGACGCCACACAGGUUCCAGCCUUGAUCCAAGCCUUAAAAACAGCAAAGCAUUGCCAGGACCUUCCAUGCAAUGAUUAUCAACAUGAAUAUGGGAUCCAUAGACAAAGACAUAGAGAAAGAAAGUGCUACUGCCCUGUACAGUGACUUGGAAAGGUACACUACACCUGAAAUCCCUGCACCCCCUCCCCCACCUCCUCCUAUCAAUACUUUCUCGGAUUCUUCAAGAAGUCUGUUUCAAAAAUGUGACCCAAAGCGUCGAUCACGAUUGAGGAACUUUAACUGGGAGGCUAUUCCAUUGGAGAAAGUUAAGGGCCGUACUAGUUUGUGGAGCUCAGAAACAUUCCAGGAAGAUCUGCAGAUUGACACAGGGAAAAUGGAGGAGUUAUUUGGAAAGCAGGAAGAAGAAGUCCUGCCAAAACCCUGUGAUCGACGUAGAUCUGUUUCGAUUGGAGAUGCUUGUUUGAACAAGGUCUUUUUGCUUGAUUCAAGGAGAAGCAUGAAUAUUGGCAUAUUCCUCAAGCAGUUUAAAAGAUCAGCAGCAGAAAUAGUUGAAGAUAUAAAGCUGGGGAGAGGAGAUAUAUACAGCUCAGAAAAAUUAAAUGAGCUUCUGAAGCAGCUGCCAGACAGAGAGGAGGAACAACGUCUGAAAUCCUUUCAGGGAGACAGAGAACGUCUGAGUGAAGCAGAUCUGUUCAUGUUACUCCUCUUGGAUCUUCCAUGCUACUUCUUGCACUUGGAAACACUUAUUUUAAAGAAGGAUUUCUACCCAGCUGUCCUGUCUCUGUUGUCUGCAGCAAGAGACCUGACGACAGCUGCAGAAGAGCUGGUGCAAUGCACAGAACUUCAUUUUAUCCUAAAGCUAAUUCUUAAGGCUGGCAACUUUAUGAACGCUGGUGGCUAUGCUGGGAAUGCAGCUGGUUUUCGUGUGUCAUCUCUACUCAAACUUGCUGACACAAAAGCCAACAAACCUGGGAUGAAUCUCUUGCACUUCGUAGUGAUGGAAGUCCAGAAAAAGGAUCCAAGAUUUCUUUCAUUUCUAGACAAACUACAACAUGUUCACAGCGCCAGCAAGUUGUCUGAAGAUGGCUUGUUGGAGGAGUUCUACAGGCUACAGUCUCGGAUAACUUCAAUUCAUCAGACACUGUCUGUGCCAGAGCUACGAGAGCUUAGACAACAAAUGGAGGAGUUCCUAGAGUAUGCUGAUCACCAGUUACAAGAGGUUCAGAAAGAAAUAGAUGCUUUGCAAGUCUCCAGACAGAAUCUAUGUGAAUUUCUUUGCGAGGAUGAAGAUAUGUUCCAUUUGGAGGAAUGCUGCAAAGUAUUCAGCUGCUUUUGUCAAAAAUUUCAGCUGGCCAUCAAGGAAAAUAAACACCGGGAACAGGAAGAUCAAAGGCGGAAAGAGUGGGAGAAAAAACGUCUACAGAAAAGACAUUCAAUGGCUACUUGUGGUGCACUAGAAGCUAGUCAAUCAAAAGAUGAACUUGAACUUACACUGGAGAGGAACCUACGUAACACAUGUAGACCUUUGGGUAGACGCCUGUGUAGAAUGCGGUCUUUGGGAUGGAAUAAUGCAAAGCCCUGUAUAUCUUAUAAUAACCAGGGUGAACAACACUGUGACCAGAACAGUGCUAACCAGAUGAGGAAGAUAUCUGAGCGUGUUCUAAGGCAGCAAAUGGAGUAUAAAAGUCAAAAGAGUAUCAAUAUUGACAGUAGACUUUAUCAAUUACCUAUUGAAAAUAAUUACGCUGCUUGCCAAUCAGAAAGGCAAGUCAGCUUACAGAAAGUCAGUUUGUUAUUAUCAAAGGAGAAAACUGAAAUUUUUCAGGUGCCCCUUGAGACACAUGAGUAUCGUGUUUUAGAUCAACCACCAAGUCACAGUAGGUCUAGAUAUUCAGAAGCCCAGGAGCACAGACUGUGUAACAGGCCUCGACUACAAAAUAUAUCAGAGUUAUUUGGUAAUUCAUUACAACAAACUGAUACAAUUUGUCCAUCAACUAAAGAGUCUCAGGUGUUUAGUAAAUCAUUGGACUCUCUAGAAGGGUUUCCAGAACAGUUACUUGACCAUCAUUUAGUGGUCCAUUUACUACUUGAUGCACCAAAAUCCUUAGAUGAAAAAGAAAUUAAUAUAUCUUCACAUCACUGUACAAGUGCACCUGCGCAGGAAUCAUCAUCAUCCCAGCCCACAUGUAAUAGUCAAAUAACGCAAAAGCCCAUACCUAUAGAUUCAGAUUUUGACCAUAAGACUGACCAGUCUCAAACUCAACUUAACUAUGUCGGUCUUUUUACAGAAACUGUACCAGACCUAUCGAACACUCAAGUUUCCAAGCAGUUAAUAGAAAAGAACCAACACGACAGAGGCCCUGGAACAGAAGAUCAGUCAUAUUUACAAAGACAAAUGCUUUGCCUUUCUGCACCUCAGACUUUUACAUAUCCAGAAGGUCUUGUAAGGCUUGACUCUCCUGUAGAUGAAAUACAUACUAGAUCAGUUAUACAGAGUACAUCUGAAUCCUCCACACAGACAGGAACCGAAGGGGAUUCACUGACAGUAAGCAACUUUAAAGAGAUUUCAAGAAACAAGUUAAGAAAUAAAAACUCCUUACAGGUAUUGGACCAUAAUCACUUUGACCAAUCAUCAGACCUUCAGGGACUUACAUCUUCCAAGCAAACGAAUGAACUUACCAUCGUGUCUGAAUCAUCAGGGGCUCCCAAGAUUUUAAAACCAUUAACCCAAGUUAUUUCUAAAACAAUGAAACAAACAUUGGUAAAGUCUGCAGUGCAGGGCACUAAACACUCUACAGAUCUUCCCAGCACUCAGGUAUCCAAUCCCUCCUUAAGUCCAACAGGAUUUGAUGGAUCUACUCAAAGUCAAACAGCUAACAAAUCUGAGACUCACAAACUUCGGAGAACCCAGCCUGGUUGUUUUAUGUCCAAGAUAAAACUUGUGGAGCCAUUUUCAGUGAAACAAUCUUUCACAAAAGAAACAAAUGAUUACAUACCACCAAAUGAGAAGAAUGUGGACCCACCAAAUGAGACCUCAAGAGGGCCCCAGUAUAUGGGAUAUAAUUCAUUUUCAAAGGGUGUUAAAGAUGUUCAAAGUGUGGUACAGAAAGAUACUCAUAAUCAUUGCUCCAAAUGGAAAAGGGAAUUAAGGAAUACCUCAGAAAAGGCCAACGGUGUUAAAGCAGAACCAAUGUUAGAGAACAGUGUAAGAAGUAACAGGAAUAGUUUGGAGCACAAGAGCAGCAACAAAAAUUCUUUAUUAGGGAAAAAUGGAAAAAGUAUUCCAAAGAAAUCAAAAAUGAAUGACUUAGGGAUUCGAAGAGUCCCGUUAACCAAAGACUUAGCCAUAGGAUCAGUGAGUCCAUCUGUCAUUAAACAACCUGUUGUCACUCCUAGACAUCAAAAAGACAGCAAAGAUAGCAAGAUUCCACAAAAAAUAAGUUUAUCUAAUGCUGGAGCAGGUAAAACAACCCCUGGUAAAAAUAUGGGCACAUUCAAAGAAAAAGAGGGUUCACAUGUAAAUAAUAAUGACUGUGGUAAAUCUGAGAGCAAUGGAAGCCCCUCUAUAUCUUCUAAGCAUAAUGUCCCAACUUCCCUGAAGGGUGAUGCCUGGACAUCACAAAUUUCACCUAAGAAAUCUAGUUCUGUUGCUCGUGUCGCCAUUCAUGUCAUUAAACACUGUGAGGUUAACUCAACUCUUACACGGGGCACAAGAAAUACAUACAUGGACGCCCAUCCAAUAUGGAGGUGAAAUAUCAAAUGCAGGGUACUGCAGUACUGUGACAGAUGUGAUGGGUUACGGGUAUGAAUGCACAAGGUUCCAAUGAUGGAUAGGUGCCGGAUAUAUAGUAUGCACAAAGCUACAGAAAGGGAAAACUUAAAUGUUUAGGAAAUGCUGUCUAAAAUGUAGGAAUACAGUCAAUGACAGCAUUUAGUAAUAAAGACACCUUGACACUACCAGUUUCCUUUAUACUUUUGCAGCAGAAUACUGCUGAGAUACUGAUUUUACAUUGUUAUUUACCAAUCUAACACUGCAACACUAGGUCUCACAAGAAGACUGUGGUAGAAGGUACUCUCUAAAUUGAUUGUGUCCAGAAUGUGUGAUUAUUUAAUGCAUGACAAAUGCCAAGAAGGCCUUGGAAUAUUAUUUAUUCACAAUGAUGUUUCCACAUGAAGAUAUUUAUUUUUUUAUACAUAGAUUAUUGAAAUUACUGUUCAUUCCAUCUGUAAUUAUUGGAGUAUGUUUUCAGUAACAUGCCAGGGCAUGAAGUAGUACAAUAUUUCUAUAGUGUUUCUAACAUGGUUUAAAUGACCAUUCUUUAUAGUGCGAUACCAGUGUUUACCUGUCACCUAUGCAGUUGUCUAUGUUUACUUCGCUCUCCUUUAUCUACAAACUUUUUUCAUAAUGAUGGACAUUCCAAGAGUAUUCAGACCAUUUAGUCUAUAUUGAUAUUGCCAUGAAGGACUGCUUUGUUGUACUGUCUAUAAUAUUAUGACACACUAUUUGUUCUGUAUUGUGCUGCUUUUGAGGAUUUAUUUAUGAAGGGCAGUCCAUUGGUUUAGUUUAUGUAUUAGGAUGAGUUCAUGCAUUGUAAAAUGGAAAGAAAAAUUCUUCAGUAAAGUGUGGCAGUUUUUAAAAUCUAAUAAUGUGUUCCAAUAAAGUCUAUGGGAAUGCUGCUGUCAGCGCACAUAUUGUAUAAAAAACAAUAAUUCCAACACUGGAAUUACUGUACCCGUAUAUACUCAAGUAUAAGCCGACCCGAAUAUAAGCCGAGGCCCCUAAUUUCAACCCAAAAACCCAGGAAAAGUUAUUGACUCGACUAUAAGCCUAGGGUGGGAAAUACAUCAUCCCCCCAUGUCAUCAUCCAGACCCCCGUCAUCAUCCCCCCCGUCAUCAACACCCCCG